AUGAAUAUCUGCUUUGCUUUGAAUGAUAACAAAGCUACAGAAUUUAGGGGGAAAAACCUUGAGUCAACAUGGAUCUCUACAGCUACUGCCACAAAAUGGAAAAAUAAAUCGUCUGUUAAAUCGACCAAUGCUACUUCUAACAAAAAUCAGCCUACAGUAUCAAAACUUGCUUCUUCGUCAAAUAAGACCCUUGACAGUUGUGUUAAUGAUGAUAAUUCUAUAUUAUUGUCACUAGACGUGCAAUUGAAAACAAAAACCAUUGAUAUAAAUAUCAAUACAACAAGACAAUUUCUUCAUCUUGUGAAUCAAGAGUAUACGAAAAUGAAAGCAAGUGAACUUUUGACAAAGAGUUUGAAUAAAGGCCCAUGGCAUACUCGGUGUAUUCGAACCUAG